AUGUUUGCAAUGACACCUGAAUUUUUCCAAUUUAUGAAGAAGUUAGAAGAAAAUGGGGAUAAGCUCACUUGUACUCCUCCAAGUGAACCGCCCCUUGACUUUGAAUUUGAUAAUUCUACAUGUCACGUGUGCAAUGGCUACUACGGGCCUAGUUUUGGAGAGCCAGUUUGCGUAACUUGCCAUGCUUUUCUCUUCCCAGACUUUCCAUCGUACUUGCCGUCGUCGUAUUUCUAUAGUGAGAAGACAGAUGACGGUGACUCUGGGAACGACGAGCCUUCGGACCUGAACUAUAGCUCUGAACGUAAAGUGAACAGAGCCUGCACGGUGCCCUCUUGGUGGUAUUAUAGAAGCUCACUGGACAGUGAAACUAGUCCAGAAGACGAAGCAAGUCGAGCGAGCAACUCUGGCGCCGGCGCAAGUAGCAGUGGCAACUGUAGCGGCGUGGGAGGUAAUGGCGGUGCGGGGAGGGGUGAUGGACGCAUAUGGCCAGAGGGACCGUCGCGACCUGAUGCACCACGAAAUGACGGAGUGCCUCGCAAUGAUGGACUGCCUCGCAACGAUGGCCCGCCACGAAAUGAUGGUCCGCAUCGGAAUGAUGGGCAACCUCGAAAUGAUGGGCCACCUCGGAAUGAUGGACCACCUCGAAAUGAUGGACCACCUCGAAAUGAUAUGCCUGUGCGGAAUGAUAUUGCUCCAAGGAAUGACGGAAUAUCUCGCAAUGAAGGACCAUCUCACGCUGAUCCUGGUCGUGCUGAAGGACCCUCAGCUGGCGCAGGUCGCGCUGUUGAGCCACCAGCUCGUGAUGACACUGCCGGACUAGGCCCGCCUCCUCACCCGCCUUGCCUUGCCCGCUCGUUACAAGCUCUUUCUACGCCCAGACCACCGGAUAAUCUAGCGCCGGGACUGGUGGAGCAGUUGCCUUCUGAAGUGCUGCUAUGCAUCUUCAGUUACCUGGACGACCUGUCCCUGUGCGCGUGCGCGUGCGUGUGCGGGCGGUGGUGGCGCCUGGUGCGCGCGCGCGUGUCGCCGCCGCGCUGGGCCUCCUUCACGCACAAGCGGUUCCCGCUCUACCGCCCGCUACUCGCCAACAUCGACUGGCAUAAGAAAUACCAGUGUCUGGUGGAGUCGUGUUUCUGCCGCAACUGCCUGGUACAGAUGUGUGUGCAGGCACAGCCCGCCGGGGAAGAGAACGCCUGGCGCCGGAACCGACUGAGGAUUGAACUCAAGAUGUUGCGCAACGACCCCCCGGAAGGUAUAGCGGCGACCCCUCUGGACCCCAAGUGUUGUCACUGGCAGGCCAGCGUCACCGGACCCAUCGGGUCCCCAUACGAGGGAGGGGUCUUCUAUCUCUACAUACAAGUGCCAUACGCGUACCCAAUGAGUCCACCAGUGGUACGGUUCCUGACCCGCAUAUUACACCCGAAUAUCUCCCGGCACGGCGACGUGGGCAUCGACUCCGUCCACCACAACUGGUCGCUCGCACUCACCAUCAGCAAGGUGCUCAUCUCCAUACAGAGCCUGCUCACUGACCCGUAUACUGCGGUUUGCAUGGAACCAGAACUAGGGGAAAUGUACGUACGUGACAGACCUCGCUUCGAAGCUCUUGCAAGAAACUGGACGUGGAGAUAUGCCAUGCACGACAUUCUUUCAUACUGA